CGGGGCCGAAGAUCGUUCGCCGAUCGUCGCCGCUGACUCGGCACCGAUCCCGCGCGCGUCGCCCGCCGCCGCUCGACCUCUAGAUGAAUCACCGUGAUCUACCGUGGUGUCUACGAGCAACGCGAGUCGCGCCGAACGAAUCAUCAUGUACAAAAUACUGCGCCGCGGCUCCGGCCGCGUCUUCGUCCUCUGCGUCGUGGUGCUGUCGCUCCUGCUGUGCCUGUACUACGUCAGCCAGGUACAGGCGCCGUCGUCGGCGGGCCAUCCCGCCGCCGCCGCCGCGAUCCUGAACGAGGAGCUCAGAUACGACCGCAGCGGCCUGACCUCCGUCACCCCGGAUUACAGCGAGUCGCCAGAUGCUCAGGUGUCGCUCGCCACCUGUCCCGCGAUCCUGCCGCGAAACGCCGACAUCGACGCCCAGCAGGAGUUCGGCAAGUUCGACUUUCAGCCCUCGUGGAUGCGGAGUCGGGAGUACUGGGACGACAGUUUCGAGGCACGUUUCGCGGAGCUGCGGAAAGAUCCGACGAGACCACCCUUGAAGGUUAUCCUUGUGCCUCACAGUCACACCGAUCCGGGAUGGCUGAAGACAUUCGAGCAGUACUUCCACAGCUCCACGAGGAGCAUCCUAAAUAACAUGGUCUCGAAGCUGCAGCAGUGGCCGAACAUGACCUUUAUCUGGAGCGAGGUUUCGUUCUUAUCACUGUGGUGGGACAGUGCUCAUCCGACGAAGAAGAUGGUCAUAAAAAGAUUAGUCAAGGACGGUCGACUGGAAAUGACCACCGGAGGUUGGGUCAUGACUGACGAAGCGACUUCUCACAUUUACGCUAUGCUGGACCAGCUCAUUGAAGGUCACCAGUGGCUGAAAACGAAUCUCGACGUGGUACCCGAGUCGGGCUGGUCCGUGGACCCGUUCGGCCACGGCGGCACCAUACCCUACUUCCUCAAAGCCUCGGGCGCCACCGGCACGGUGAUCCAGAGGAUACACUACGCGUGGAAGCAGUGGUUCGCCAAGAAGCAGUACGGUGACUUCGUCUGGCGGCAGCCGUGGGACCGCGACGGCGCCGCCGACAUGCUCACCCACAAUCAGCCGUUCGACAUAUACAACAUCAAGCACUCGUGCGGUCCGCAUCCGCACGUCUGCCUCAACUUUGACUUCCGCAAGAUACGCGGCGAGUACACCGAGUACUCGGUCCGCGCCGUCGAGAUCACGCCCAACAACGUCAAGCAGAUGGCCGAGCUGUUGCUGGAGCAAUACGCGAGAACCGGCUCCUUGUUCACUCACAACGUCGUGCUGAUGCCGCUCGGCGACGACUUUAGAUACGACCACGCGAUCGAGUGGGAUCAACAGUAUACCAACUACAAAAUUUUAAUGGACUACAUAAACAGCCGAAAAGACGAGUACAAUGCCGAGGUGGUGUUCGGCACGCCGAAGGAUUACUUCCGCGAGAUACAAAAGCGCGUGGGCAAGUUCCCGUCGUUGACGGGCGACUUCUUCGUGUACUCGGAUAUCUUCAGUGAGGGCAGACCGGCCUACUGGAGCGGCUACUUCACCACCAGGCCGUACAUGAAGAUCCUCGACCGCGAGCUCGAGGCGAAUCUCAGAUCCGCCGAGAUCCUCUACACGAUCACGCUGAAUCUCGCCAAGCAGUCCGGCAAGGAUAUAAAACUUUACGAGACGUACUUCGAGAAGCUGGUGAAGGCGAGACGUAAUCUGGGCCUGUUCCAGCAUCACGACGCGAUCACCGGCACCUCGAAGUCCUUCGUCAUGAAGGAUUACGCGCUGAAACUUUUCGAGUCGAUCUCGGACACGACGAGCCUGCAGAGCUUCGCCAUUCAGUCUCUCGCGGCGACCGUCAACGGCAAGUCGAAUUCCGUUUACGUGCUGGCCGAGUCGGACAGGGACAGCUACGAGAAGCUGCCGAAGAAGAUACCGAUCGGCGUGAACGGCCGCGAGACCAGAAAGAUCGUUCUGUUCAAUCCACUGGCGCAGCCCAGGCAGGAGGUGAUCAGUCUCAAGGUCACGUCGUACAAAGUCAAAGUCCUGGACCCGCAGAGGAACCCUAUACCCUACCAAAUUGCGCCGGUGAUGAACGCCACGAGCAUCACGCACGACGUGUACGUGCUGCUCUUCGUGGCCGAGCUGAAACCGCUGUCGAUCGCCACGUAUCACCUGCUGCAGGUCGACAAAGUGCCGGCGGAGGCCAUCUCGACGGUGUACUGCAGCCGUUGCGGCAAGGACAACGUCUUUCCCAUCAAGCCUAUGCAGGUGGGUGACGUGCAGCUCGAGAAUCAGCGGAUGAAGCUGCUCUUCGACGGGCAGACGGGCUUCCUGAAGCGCGUGACGAAGAAAUCCACCGGCAAGAUCAUGCAGUGCGCCGUACAGUUCGCCGCGUAUCCCUCGGCGCAGUUCCACAGCGGCGCCUACCUCUUCAUGCCCGAUCCGAAUCUCCGCGACACCGACAAGGACGUCCUGGAGGCGUACACGCCGCACCAGAAGAUCUACAUCGUCAGCGGUAGCCUGAGCUCCCGCCUCACCGUCGAAUACGGCAAGUUACUGACGCACCACGUGGCCAUCUACCAUCGCGACGGCGGCCUCGGCGAGGCCAUCUACCUGCGCAACAUCGUGGACUUCGAGACGCCGCCGAAGAACCGCGAGACGGAGAUGUUCAUGCGCCUGCAGACCGACAUCUCGAACGGCGAUCCGCCCGAGUUCUACACCGAUCUGAACGGCCAUCAGAUGAUCAAGCGCACCAAGAUCGAGCGCAUCGGCAUCGAGGGCAAUUACUUCCCCAUCACGACCAUGGCCUACAUCGAGGACUCGAAUCACCGGCUAACACUCCUGGUGAACCACUGCCAGGGCGCGGCCAGCUAUCAGCCCGGCUGGCUGGAGGUGAUGCUGGAUCGCCGAACCCUGUACGACGAUUCGCGGGGCAUGGGCGAGGGUCUGUUGGACAAUCGACGGACCGUCAUCAAGCACUGGCUACUGCUCGAAGAUAUCAGCGGCGAGAAGGACAGAUACUCGAGGCCGUCGCUGUUCGCCAAUCACCUGAGCAACACCCUCAACUACCCGGUGAACAUCUUCGUGGUGGACGGCAGCGAGCAGGAGGUCACGAUGGCGCCGGAGGUCCGACUGCUGAGUCAGAGCUUCCCGUGCGACCUUCACCUGCUCAACCUACGCACCAAUCACGAUCAGAAGCUGCCACACUUUCCGGUGAACAGCGCGCUAAUGGUGCUGCACCGACAGGGCUACAGCUGCUCCGUGGGCAUCGACGUGCCGCUGAAGCACUGCCCGCUCACGGAGAGACUCGCCCAGGGCACGGCGUUCUACAAGCUCGACAGGGUCAACGUCACGAGGACGUCGUUGACCGGCACGAGGUCGGGCGCCCGCCUGAAGGACGGUUUCCAGGAGAUCGGUCUGCAACCGAUGCAGGUCGAGACGUACAACGUGAACUUCGUGCAAUGAUCAUAAGCCAUAAGGCCGAUCGGCCUUCGAUCGAUCUUCGGCGCGGCGUUGAUCGGUUAGCAAAAUUCCGAGAGAGAGUACACAGGCGUCUUGCCCCCUUCCAAAACGACACUGCCGUAUAUUAAUCGUGUUGAAUACUACCUCUUUGACUCCUUUGCGUGUAAACGCGGUUCACCGGUUGUUAGCGAUGAAGAACGGAACGUUGCGGAAGCGAUAUGGAAGCGAAGGUAAUCAAUAAUUUCUCAUGGGAUGACGUGGGACGGAAAAAAAUGACAAAUAACGUUGAUCACUCCGGGACAAUUGAAAUAAUAACAAUUGACUCGUGCAGGUUAAAAUAAAUUCUUUCCCGUUAGAAAAGAUUUCUAAAAUUUUUUUAGUCAAUUUUUUAUUCAUUUCACAGGCGUGUAGAGGAGUCAUUUUUACCUAAUUUCUUUUGACGCUGAUCUUGACAAGGUACUCCAUUGACCUAGAAAUCAUGUUCUCGUACCGUUUUCUUUUCCCUUAUAAUACAAUUUCUUUCACUAACUUUAUAUUUGGAGAAAAAAAGUUUCCUGACGGAUUAAAGAUUUAUAAAUUUCCCUGUAAAUUAUUGAAGUAAGCAAAUCAUUAAUGUAUAAGAACUUUCCACGCCACUUCUCGAGUUUUAGCUGAAAUUUCGCGAGACGACGCUUUACGUCGUCGGAAUUUUACGAGAAAUUUUAAGGAACGGCAAAUGUGUACGAAGAGAGUAUGCGUGUAAAUACUUCGAUCGAUCGCAACACAGUUAAUUGCUAAUCAUGAUAAACGUGCAUGCGCCCAUUGUACAUAUUGUUUCUGUACGACGUAUCUCUUGCGUUUUAUUAUUGAACGAGAAAUGUCGAGAGGGAGAGGGAAGGGAAGAGGCGAGAGAAAAUGUAUACAUGCAGAUUAUAUAAAUACAUUAGCAAUUUACUCCAAACAGAGUCUGAGAUAUCUAAUUAAUAUACGUAUGUUCGCUGGAACGAGAUACUUGGGAUCAGAUUUAUCUCGCGACCUAAUUUGAAAUUAUAAAUAUUCAUUUAAACUUCAAAUAAUUCUUCCAUAAUUUAAUACCUUUAUCGCUGGACUUCAAUAUAUUUCUUAAGGUUUUAGAUUUCGGAUUUUUCAACUUUAAAUCUCUUUAUUAUUAACUUUCUGUCGUAUAAAAAUUCUUAUUUCAAAAUUUUCUUAUUAGAUGUUCCGAAUAGUUUUGAGGGAAUACUUUUUUUGUAAAAAUGAUUGAUUUACCAACAUUUAAUGCUUCAGCUAAUUCUUCAAAAUAUCUAUAGUACAUUUGUAGCUACAGCCAUCUAUAUAGUGAACCCUCAAAACUAACCGGAACUAAUACUUAAUUUCUAAGAUGUUUAUCAUUGUUUUCUUCGAAUAUAUAUGAUGGAAAUGGAAAUUAGGAGUUUUUGUCUUUCUCUACAUUUCUUCACGAGUGUAGAUCUUUUUUUUUUUUUUUAAACAAAACGUGAUUUCACGAGAGACAUAAAAGGGGCCAGUGAAAGAGAGUCAGGCCUAUACAGAGAACAAAAGAAUUAAAAUUUCAUAUAGUGACUUUUAUCUGUUCGUACGGCGUUGUCUCUUUCCAUGGACAAACAGACUGACAGCUGACAGACAGAAAUUUCUUUUAUCAAGCGUAUAGAGGUAUAUAUGUACAUAUUGUAUCGUAUAUGUAUAUAUUACAUAUCAGAUCGUAACUUGCCCUAGGUGAUUAACCGUAGACGACCUUUGUGAUAGAGCGAAACGAUGUAAAGAAAAAAAUCUGAUACAUCUAUUUUCGUAUGUCAGAUAUUUUGCUAUCGACCCCUCCCUCUCUCCCUCACCGCGAGUGUCGACGAGUAGAAAAAAAAGUGUCUUCUUGGUGGACGAGGGGGGACGCGAUUGUCCGGGGGACAUUCUCUCCGCAGUAUCGUUUUACGCAAUCCGGAAAAUGUAGUAAAGUGUAAUACGUGUGAAAUAAACUUGCGUGCCGAGACGACGAGAACGUUAUCUCUCGGAGAUAACGCUGGACGAGCGAGAUGUGUAAUUUACACCGAAUUGUAAAUAAUUAAAUUAAUUGGAACGAAUUCUCGUAUAACUGACGAUCGUCACGAUAGACGCGGAGUAUGUCCCUUUCCUUUUUCUCAACUUCCCCGCGAGACGUUCUAUCGAAUGCGCCACGACGUGAUAAUCUGUCAAAUUGGUAAAACGAAGUACUUCCGAGGUGUUCUUUAUUACGAUUACGAGUGAAUGAUAAUACUAUUGAGACUCGCGAAUGAUAAAUGUCGCAGAGGGACUUUGCGAUGCGUAUCGCCGCGUGGCCGUUUCCAGCGAUCUUCCACUUCCAUGGAGAAUCUCGAAGUGUCCCUUUUUUGCGGCCUGUACCGUCGGUCCGAUUUGUACAUAUUAGAUUAAUUAACGGAAAGUCGUGCAGCUUCCGCGCGCGAGUGGACCGUCGCAUUUCUCCGGCGCGAGAAAUAAGGAAGAGGAGCGGGGGCAAAAAUUAAAUUCUUCGAGGGUGCAAGGGAAUAGUGUAAAAUAUGGCCGCUGCUUUUGCGUAAGAAAAAAAAAACGGCGAGCAAAACGUUCGCCGCUUCUCCGCAUGCGGACUCGUAAUUAUUACGAGGUAGCGUUUUUUUAAUUCACGCGAACGAUAUACAUUAUCUACGUAAAUUUUCUUAUUUAAGACCGUGUUCAUAAAUAUGGUGCGAAUUCGUGUAAACUUCCUGGUGGUUUUAUAACCCUACGUUAUCUCUUAGAUAUUUUAUCGCGCUCGUGUAAAACUUCUGCUGACGCAGUUUUAAUUCAUAAAACAUCAGACUGUAGAAUUUAUAUCAUUUUACGAUGAAUUGAUUCAGUUAAUUACAAUUAAUCGACAUGUUUUACUGUUUUAUCAUGCUGUCGCUAAGAGAACAUAACAUAUUGCGACUAAUUGCUUUUUCUUUUUAGCGACACUUUAUUUGUCGCGCUAAAUAUUACAUUAUCAUUGAAAAUAAUCCGUUUUCGAUCGUUGUCGGUGUUGUCAAAUCGUUGUCGCCGUUUGAUUUCAGUCGUAAAUCCUCUAUUUUCGGACGCGAAUUAUUUCGUAACGCGUAUCGAUUCGGUGAAAGAAAUUCAGUGUCGAACGAAAACACGCCGACUUUGCGUUUACAGAGUUGAAAAAGUCAAUCGGCGGCGCGGCAUCGGGAACGUCCGUCACGAUAUAUACCGCCGACUUGAUGUCGGAUAAUUAAGCUUCGUAAGCGUCGGGUUAUUAAAAUUUUUUUCGAUAGACUUACGGGCUCCGAUAAAUUUCACGGUUCUCGGGCCGCGCGAACGUUUAUACGGGUUUAACGAUGUUGUGUAUAAAUAGAGGAUCGUCGAUGAAAUCGUUAAACCGAUAGAUCGUAAAGAGUAAUGGAAAAAUAAAGGAAACGGGCGGAUCGGUGCGCGCGCGGGUAGGGUGUAGCGAGUUAUCGCCUUCGUGCUGUUGUCACUUUUAAUCAUCACCGUGGCGAACAUUAUCGCGUUCGAUCCCUGGUAAAAAGAUUCGCAAAAAUAAAUUUAUCCACUUAUAUAGUAUAUAUAUAUUAUAUAUCGGUGCUUGUUAUAUAUCCGUCCUUGUUUCGAUAUAAUAAUCCAAAUUAAUCUCUUAAUUCCGUUUUUCGGACAGAUUCAAGCCUCCGGCGUUUAAUCGGGCGAAUUAAUAAAACGGUAUUAUCUUAUUUGAGAUUACUUUAUCUCCGCCUGAUGUCACUCAUUUCGAUAUUAUUUCAUUAUGCCGCACUAACGACACUGCCCACGAUAACAUAUCGUCCGCUCCGUUUAAAGCUAUGAUAAACGUAACGAAUCAAAAACAAGAGCCUCGAGCAAGUGAAAUCUCACCGUGGACGGUUCUGUACGUGAUACCGAACUUCGAGCCUUUUCGUUACGCGAGUAUUUUCCACAUACGCGAAAAUUGUAAUCAAAAAAUGUUUAAGAGGCACCGUCAGAGACACCGCUACGCCGAGAUUUCUGCAAAUGUCGACGAAAAAUGCCCGAAACUGCCGACGGCGACGAAAGUCGUUCGGCGCCACACAAUGACUGUCCCUGUAACGAUAUUGUAACAUACUGUAUGUUUUGUGCCGUCGUUAGCGAGAAAGAAGUGUUCUAUAUCACAAAGAAUAAAGUUAUAUAUUGCAUGUUCACACACAAACACACACACGCAACACAUACACGGAUAACCGAUGUCGCUCGAACGAUUCGCAAAGGGCAAGCGGCCGUUUGGAAUCGCACGAGCGCGGGACGCGCGAAUGGCGAUGAUAACAUACGAUAUUCCUUAUGUUACAAUGUAAUAUUAUAUUUAUUAAAUAAAACUAGUAACUGACGUAUUUUGAUCA